AUGGGGAUUAUGCUGAUCAAACAACUGGAAGUAUAUAUUUGCUUAGAUGCUGAAGUUGCAUUGGUUCUUCUCCCCUCACCGUCAGGUCAAAUAGGGGAUUUGCCUGUUAUGUUUGCUAAACCACAGACUUUUAUGAAUGCAAGUGGUGAGUCUGUCGGAGCUAUUGUUUCAUAUUACAAGAUCCCUUUGAAGCAAGUCUUAGUGAUUUUUGAUGAUAUGGACCUUCCUUUUGCCAAGUUGCGAAUGUUGCCAAAGGGUGGACUCGGAGGCCAUAAUGGAUAUUCUCUAGUGAUGUGUGUUAAAAUGCAAUCUAAUGAUAAACUCACAGGCAUUGGUCGACCCCCCGGAAAAAUGAAUCCUGCGAGUUAUGUUUUGCGGAGAUUCGACAAACAAGAAAGUGGAGAGUUAGAUUUUAGUUUCCAGACUGGCUUGGAAGCUGUGAGACUUCUUUUGCUUGAAGGAUUAAACAAAAGUGCUACUUUUGUUAAUACUUCUAAGUCGUUGGAGCAAUUGCAAUGGCAAGACUAUGAGGCUAAUUUACAAGUUUGA